AUGGCCGGUGGUAAAGGAGUGCAGCAACGCACCACCUCGGAUGGUUCCCAGUCGCCGGCUCCGGAGAAGCGGCGAGGGCGCAGCCGCUCCAGGCGCGGCCAUCGCGGUGAGGUCGUGGUUAGGGAGAUCGUGCGCGAGACCGCAAUCAGCGGUAGCGUGCCCAUCACCUUCCCGAUGCUCACGCGCUCGAACUACAGCGAGUGGGCGUUGAUCAUGGAGUGCAACCUUCAUGCGGCAAGCCUCUGGGCUCCCAUGGAGGACGAUCUGGUCGAGAGAAAGGAGGACAGGAAAGCCGUGGCGGCGCUCAUGCGCGCCACGCCGCCGGAGAUGCACGGCAUGCUCGCGGCGAAGGCUAGCGCCAAGGAGGCGUGGGAAGCCAUCCGUACCCAGCGCCUCGGCAGCAACCGCGUGCGCGAGGCGAACGCGCAGAAGCUGCGGGCGGACUUCGAGAACAUCGCCUUCAAGGAGGGCGAGCUCGUCGACAACUUCGCCAUGCGAAUCUCCAGCCUUGCGUCACAGCUCCGCGCGCUCGGCGACACCAUGGACGACGCGAGAGUCGUGCGGAAAUUUCUUCGCGUCGUUCCACCUCGUUUCGCUCAGGUAGCGGUCUCCAUCGAGACUUUGCUUGACCUGAGCGAGCUCUCCAUCGAGGAGCUCACGGGCCGGUUGCGGGUGGUCGAGGACCGCCUUGAUGACGGCCGCGAGAGCUUCGGCGGCGGACAACUCCUAUUCUCGAAGAAGUGGGAGGCGAGGAAGCGUCAAGGACGUGGUGGCGGUGCCCAGAGCAGUGGAGGCGGCACCGGCAGAGGCGGCGGUCGCACCCAGGGCGGAGACGGACGAGGUGCCGGCAACGACGACCGGGACAAGUGCCGAUAUUGUAGCAUCAAGGGCCACUGGGCCCGUGAGUGCCGCAAGAGGAUGGCUGAUGAGGAUGCCGCGGCCGCGGCGAACCUCGUCGAGGCUGAAGAGGACGGUGGGCCAGCAAUGAUGAUGGCUUGCGUCGAGACCAUGCAGGAGGGCACAGCGCCUCCGGCAACCAUGGUCCCGACAAGCAUCGAAGCCGUGCAGGAGGGCACAGCACCUCCGGCGACCACGGUGCCGGCAACCGUCAAGUCUGUGCGGGAGGCACGGAGCUCUUCAAAUAAUCCCCUCCCCACAUCGGUAGCGCUCUCCCCGACAACAACGUUCUCGGGAGAUUUCGAUUGGGAGGAGAUGAAGACCCGGGUGUGGGGGAGCCACACCCCGGCAACCACGUCCCUUGUGACGCUGGUCAAGCCCGUGCAAGUUGGCACGGCAAUCGCGGCCCCGACAUCCUCGGGACCCGACAAGCCCGUGCAAGUUGGCACGGCAAAGGCGUACCCGACAUCCUCGGGACCCAAUAAGCCCGUGUCAGGAGGCACGGCAACGACGCAUAUGGUGGGCCAUGUCCCAACCAUGAUGCUGGUGACCAGUGAGACCGUGCAAGAGGCACGACACUCUCAGGUCGGCCAUACCCCGACAACCAGGUUCUCGGGGUUCUGCAAGCCCGUGUGGGCAACACGGCACUCUUCGACGGGCCUCAACAGCUGGGAGGCCAUGAAGAGACAGUCAUGGGGCGGCAAGGCCUCGACCGUGACUCUGGCGACCAUCGAGGCUGUGCAGGAGGCGCGGUGCUCUAUGGUCAGCCACGCAGCAACCCUGACGCGCUCGGGGUCCAUCGAGUCCGUGCGGGAGGCACGACUUACGUUUGUCGGGGGAGACCCGACAAGCAAGUCUGAUGGGAAGUGCAGCAAGGACUCCGCUACCCUGAGAAGAACCACUCCGGUCAGUGUGGCGUCCGGCACAACGACCCCGGGAAGGGAGUUCCCGGGCAGUGCGGCGUCCGGCACGACGACCCCAGGAAGGGAAUUCCUGGGUAGUGCGAUGUCUGACAAGUCAUCCCCGGGAAGGGAGUUCCCGGGUAGCAUGACGUCCGACACGACGACCCCGGGAAGGGAGUUCCCGGGCAGUGUGACAUCAGGAACUACGACCCCAGAAACACUGACGCCCACGAGCGAGGUGGUUCCCGGGCAGUUCAUGUCCCCAUCAACAGCGCGGUCGGACUUGUUCGAUGCCAACAAAAAUGGUGGCGAUCAACACAGGUUCCGAAGCCUAGGGGGACCUUCUCGAGCCCGCGAGACGAUCGCAGCACCCGAGAUCAAGAAGCACGAACAGGGCAUACGGGCCGCCGAGAAGGCGGACAUCCCAACGAAGGCACUUGGUUGCGUUGAGUUCCAAGAACCGCGCAACAAGAUCGGGAUCAUUGACAUCAAGACCCUCCGACAGGGUUGA